GCGCUGUACCUGUGCAGGCAGAUCCUGUUCACUGCACAGGAUCGUCCUCUCGAGUCUCUGCCAAUCUCCCUAGCUCGGUUGCUACAUUAAUAUUAUUUGGAAUUGGCGGGCAACUCCAAUUGCCGUUGGCACGCAAGGGACGCUGGUAGGAUUGCUCCUUCUGGACGAUUCUCAUAGGAAGGGUCUGAGUUUGUAGAAGUAUGGCAACCGCAUGCGUUUCAACGCGCCUUGCGUCCCUGCAGCUCGGCCUUUCCAAGGUCGAGCAGUCGCAAUGUGUUCAGUCAACUGGCUUUCGUGUUGUGCCAGCCAAAAGCAGGAAGAAUGUAGUGGCUGCAAGUCAAAUUGGGCGGAACGCGCUUCUGGGGGCUGGCCCGAUUGGACAAUCCAUGCUGUUCGACCCAAUUGGACGGCAGCAUGUCAGGAGUGGUUUGAAGCAGGGACGCUCGAGGGUGCAGAUGGAGGCAGUUGUUUCGGAAGCAGCUUCUCUUCCAGACCCUGGAGUCCCUUCAGCGCCUGCUGAGACGCCGCCUCUUGAACUAGGGUUGUAUUUCAUCCUCUGGUACAUUCUAAAUGUGUUCUUUAACAUCCUCAACAAGCAGCUCUAUGGCUACUUCCCGUUCCCCUGGUUUGUGUCAACCGUUCACCUUGCGGUUGGCGUCCUGUACUGCACAAUCGCUUGGGGUUUGAACAUGCCAAAGAGGGUGGAACUCAGCGGGGAUGAGAUCAAGGCGCUGGUCCCCAUCUCUGCAGCACAUGCUUUUGGUCAUCUCAUGACGAAUGUCUCCUUCGCCUCCGUGGCCGUCUCCUUCACCCACACCAUCAAAGCCCUGGAGCCCUUCUUCUCUGCCGUUGGGCAGUACCUCGUCUUUGGCGAGACCAUCUCGCUCCCACUGCUCUUGUCUCUGCUCCCCAUUGUUGGAGGUGUUUCUGCGGCAUCUAUGACCGAGCUAUCGUUCAACUGGACGGGUUUCACCGGGGCAAUGAUUGCCAAUUUGUUGUUCACAUACCGCAAUCUGAUAGGCAAGAAGGCGAUGAUCAAGAAGCUAGACAGCACCAACCUGUAUGCAUAUAUUUCCAUCAUCGCACUUUGCUUCUGCAUACCCGCAACAUUUGUCAUGGAGGGCAAGGUGCUCAUUCCCGGCAUCAAGGCCGCCGUCUCCAAGGUCGGCGCUCGGAAGUUCGUCCAGGAUCUGCUCCUGGUCGGGUUCUUCUACCACACGUAUAACCAGGUGCAAUUCAACUGUCUAGAGAAGGUCAACCCCGUCACGCACGCCGUGGGCAACGUCGCCAAGCGAAUCUUCGUCAUCGGUUUCUCGCUCCUCGUUUUCAAGAAUCCUGUCACAAAGCAGACCGCUGUUGGUACUGCGGUUGCCAUCGCGGGCUGCUCGAUUUACUCCCUCCUCAAGGCCAAGGAAAAGGAGGCCGCCCUCAAGGCCAAAGCGGCUUAAGGAUUCCUCGCCAUUGGUCGGCGGUCAUGGAAGCAACCUCUCGCGGAUUUAUACGCUGGCACCAGGGAGACUCUUGCUCUGGAACUCAAUUGCUUAUGAAGUUGGACUCGAUUGCGAUAUGAAGUUGGCAAGCAUGCUAGGAAGACUAGGGAAUAUAAGCAGACGGCCGCUAUGACCUGAAGCCUAAAUGUGUAGCAGGGGCAAUGCUUGACGCGACAGUCAAUACUAGACAUUAAGCAUUGUAUGUUUUGGGGACAUUGCUCAGUCCACCCCUCCAGGUCCACUUAGUCUGCUUGCCCGUUUAUAGGUGGUGGAAUUUGUGUUGAAUGUUGUCAGGACGUCGCCUGUUGGUGAAAGUUAUUGACGGUUGCUACUAGAGGUUCUCAUCUUGAAUGUACUUUACUUGGGAGUAGUGUAUCUGUCGUUGUGCAGGAGACCAGGCUGUGUCGCGUGUGGCAUGUCCAACUGAUGCAUGGAUAGCUCUUCUCUUUCCAG